CAUUGCGCAUGCUCAGUCAGCCUUAAAAGGCUAGCGUCCGAAAUCUGUCAGCUCAGCGUACUGUCUUAACUUAAUAGCUUACUGACUUGCUUCCAUUUACUCGGCGCCAGAUACUUAAAUCUACUAGAAAGAUCCUUUAGUUUGUAAGAUUUGUUUUUCUACGCGUGUGGCGUAAAGAAUCAGUAAAGAAUGACGAGCAGCUCAAAGCGGAAAGAAGAAAAUCAUUUGCUGAAUGGGGGUGUCAAACAGUCCACAUGGAGCAAAGCGUUCAACAGUAAUGCCAUUUGGGAGGGGAAGGAUGAGUUUUUAGAUGUGAUUUACUGGCUCCGGCAAAUCAUUGCAGUGAUCCUUGGUGUCAUCUGGGGUGUCGCCCCGCUUAAAGGAUUCCUUGGAAUUGCCAUAUUCUGCAUCAUCAACGCUGGCGUCCUCUAUGUCUACUUCAGCAGCUUUCAGCAAAUUGACGAGGAAGAGUACGGUGGAACGUGGGAGCUCACCAAAGAAGGCUUCAUGACAUCUUUUGCUCUUUUUCUGGUGGUUUGGAUAAUCUUUUACACAGCCCUACACUUUGACUGAAAGGAUUCCACUCAACACUUGAUGCGAACAAUAAUGUGGACAAGCAGGGACUCUAUGGCUGAAAGGGUGCCGGCGUACCCGCCAACAGUACGACUCCUCAGUGUGCGCUGCAUAAUGGAAAUAGUUGGUUGAAGAUCAACAUGAUAAAAAUCCGUUUCUCUUGAUGCCGGGCUGCUUUUAACGAGUGACAAACAUUCAUUCUUACUCUCGUGUCGUCACCAUGUCUGACAAAACAUGCAAAAAAAAGAAUAGUGGCUCUGGUUCUAUUUCUGAUGAAUCAAAGUCUUGAUAGAAAAUGGAGUGUGGAUGCUAUCAUGCCUGACCUAUCUGCUGGAAAAACAUUUGUAUUGCCAUUUGUUAGAAUAUUCAUUUCAUUGUACCCGUACGACUCCAGUGCUGGUCCCUCAAGUUUUAAGAUGCAGGUAACAAAGCUCAUUUUCAUGACACUCAUCCUGGAACCAUACUGACACCCAAUAUUACUGCCUUUGCAAUUUGAUUGCUAAUUUGUAUUUGUUUUUCAUCACUUGUCCUGUCUAUUUGGAGCAACAUUCUCAGUUGGACUGCAGCACGGUGACGUUUAUCAUUUGUUCCAAGUGUGUUUGGUUUUUAAGAGUGGAUGCAUUUUAAUAUUGCUGUAAUUCAUUUUACCAGCCUAGAUCCAAACCUGUCAUCACGAUACAGUAUUUGAAUCAUGAUCUGUCCAUCAAGCAAGGAGGAAACUGUUUUCAAAUGUAAGCUAAACUUGGCCUGAGCACACUAAGACAAACUGUGUAUCGCAUUGUCGGUUAUUAAUAAAUAGAAAAGAGGGUAGAAAUAAUUUAACGUAGCUUCCAGAUCAGUCUUACCUCUUGUUUUGAUAUUAAUUUAAAGUAUUCUGUAAAUUCUUUUCAAUGAACCUGUUGUCAAAUCCAAAUCUCUGUACUUGCGUUACGUCUUGCAGGAUGUAACGUUGCUAAGUAUUUUCUAGUCGAGAACAUUUGUUCUCAGUUCCUGCAAAGGUGUAAUGAAACUGUUAGCCUAAAUAUGCAGAUUGUGUGUUGAAACGAUCGUGUUUUUCAAAUCAAAUCUUUUGGGAAUCAUUAAACAUGGGCUUUAUUUGGCCUCCAUUUUCAAUGA